UCUCAUAAAAGUGUUUUUAAUAAAAACACUGCAGAAAUGGGCUCUUAAUACCGAAGAUGAAAGACAAUAGUGAAGGUGUUUUAUCGUCCCAACGGCUACAAUCACCACCAUAAACCCUCAAACUUCGAUCUCUGAAUCUCCAUAUUCUUAGCCACUGUCCAAACGACUGUAACUUACCUUCCUCCGCUCUUAUCAAAUGAACCUAGGGAGAUUGGAUCUUCCCUUAACCGGUUCCUCUUUGGUACGGUAGGGUUUUCCUUUAAUUUUUGGUACGGUGGUUACAGUGAGCCAGGUGAAGAAAUGAGGAUUGUAGGAUUGACAGGUGGAAUCGCAUCAGGGAAGAGUACGGUUUCCAAUCUCUUCAAGGUCCAUGGCAUCCCCGUCGUUGACGCGGAUCUCGUUGCUCGCGAUGUAUUGAAGAAAGGCAGUGGAGGUUGGAGGAAGGUUGUUGCAGCAUUUGGAAAUGAAAUUUUGCUUGAUAAUGGUGAAGUUGACCGGGCAAAAUUGGGUCAGAUUGUAUUUUCUGAUCCGGGCAAACGCCAACUGCUCAACCGUGUCAUUUUGGCUAAGAUGGCAACAUCACCAGCUCAAGAUCCUCCACAACCACUCAAAUACCAGACAUGGGUCUUGAAGGUUUCCAUCCACUGUGAAGGUUGCAAGAAGAAAGUGAAGAAAGUUCUCCAUAGCAUCGAUGGUGUUUAUACAACAGUGAUUGAUUCUCAGCAACAUAAAGUUACAGUCACUGGAAAUGUGGACGCAGAGACCCUAAUCAAGAAGCUGGUGAAAACUGGAAAACACGCUGACCUUUGGCCAGAGAAGCCUGACAAUAAGGAGAACAGCCCUGGAAAAUCAAAGAAUAAGAAGAAACAAAAUGAUGCCAAAGACAGCAAUAAAGGUAACGGUGAGGGUGAUCAGAAGAAUUCAGCAGAUAAGCCUGAAAACUCUGCAAAAGAUGCCAAGAAAGAUGAUGAUGGUGCUGGAGCUAAAACUGCUCCCUCUGCUGAUGAGCUGCAGGGUGAUGAAGGUGGUGAAAGUGAGGAGGUCGAUGAUAAAACCAGUAGCAGCACAGGUGGCAAAAAGAAGAAAAAGAAGAAGGGGCAAAACAAUAAUCCCACCAACCCCAACCCAAACUCUGGCGCUCCGCCAGCUGAGUCUGAAUACCCUGUUUCCAGUCCAAGCCCAGCACCACCUCCGAACCCUCCACUUCCUACCAUAUACCCUUACCCAGCACUGUAUUACCCUCCUCCAGUAUAUGGACUUAACUACAAUACGGCAUCGUUUCCUAGCACAAGCUCUUACUACUAUCGCCCUGCAACUCCGAUUGAUCCGAUUGAAGAGUUGAAUGAUGAAGACAACAAAGGGUGCUCAAUCAUGUGAGCAUGGUGGGCUACUAGGUAUAUGUUGCCUACGCUAGUAUAAUUAGUGUAUUUUGUACGUAAGGUUUGCAUGCAUGCAUAGAGAAACUGAAGAUUCGAGGAAAAUUGGGUGAAAUAAAAGGGUUUGUUUCUGGGGUUUGGAGGGUGGUUAUUGUAUUUUGUCCCUUCAUGUAGCUUUGCUUACAACUUUGGUUUUGCUUAAGCAGGUCACUUGCCUUGUAAUGUUUAGUUGUUUGUAGGGCCUGAAAAUCUCUUUUUUCUUGGCACCAUGAUGUGUAAAGCAGAUUUUUGUUUAUGAAAAUUUCUCACUCUUAUAUA